GACAGUCGGAUGCUGACGGUCUCUUCCGGAUUUAUCCCGAAAAACGGUCCAGAGGAAAAUAGCGCGAAGUCGCGUAAAUUUGAAAGUUCGGAUGAAAAGUGUUUGGUUAUUGGAAGUUAUUUGUGUGGAUUUUUUCAAUUGUUAAUAUUGCCUGAUCGCAGCAACAAAGUGAAACCGAGUAAUAAAUGUGACUGAGUUUACACCAAAAGUUCGGUUCGAUGUUGCCGGCGCUGGGAACCAACCCUAUCGGCAUCAACAUUGAAGCCAGUAUCGGAUCGAGAAAUGCGACAACGCCGAGCCAAUCCAAGAAGUUUUACCGUGCUUUUACGUGUGAUAAAUUUUACGAUUGUCUGCUUUAUUUUACUAGGAUUUGGGGAGUUUUAACUGCCACAGUUUUGGCUGGCGUUGGCAUCGAUUUCCUUUACCAUUCCCGAUUGCCUGGAUAUUGGCUAAUAGCCUAUGCAGUGACGAUAUUUAUAGGAGAAACUUUAUGGGUUGCAACUGUGUUUCUGAAACUCACUGUGAGGGCUGAUCACAGAUUUUGGAAAAUAUGGAAGUACUGCACAAUGUUGGACGAUUGGAAGAAAACUCCUCCCUACAUCCUAAUGGGACUCAUGGCCAUGUAUAAACCUUAUAAAUUAUGGCUGGUUUAUUUAGGUGGAGGCUUUGCCAUUUUCUUGGGCCUUCUUUAUUCGAUUAUAUCAGUUUUUCAAAAAAUUUUAAAGAAGAGGAUAGGGAAAAAGGAAAAUCGAUUGGGCGAUUUGGAUAGUUUAGAAAGUAGUAGGUUUGAAGAAAUCACAGAAGUCCUGGACGACGCUAUACCAGAACCAAUGCCCGGCAGUAGCGUGUCGCUAUCUGAUCGUUUGCGUCCAGAUCAAGAAUCCGUCCAUGAAAUAUGACCAGAAGUGCAUCAAACUCCGGAUUUAUUUAGGCAUAUUAUAGACUGCAGUUGGAUGGAAGAGGUGGACGACGUAGAUUUAAUUUUGUAAAUCGUCUUGAUAAGGUCCUAAUUUAAGAGCUUAUGAAUGUACAAUGUAAUAUUUAAAUUUUAAGGAUGACAAAUUUAGUUAUAUCGAAAGUAAACAGUCGAAUCAAAAUAAAACUACAUGCAUUAAAUGUGAGUGGUGUUCAGAGAGAAUUUUGUUGUUACUUUCUACGCAGUGGUGCAGUCUUGAACUGUAAUAUCAAUAUUUUUUCUUGCGGCACUGAGAUCUCUUUGAUGUUCUGAACUAGGAAUGGCAUAUCCUUUUCAAGUAUUUUUUAAUACUGAAUCGAAUUACUCCAUUUGCAAGUCGAUCAUUGAAUCACUUGUUACAAAGUUACUACAGGAUUCAUGAAAAAAAAAAAGAGGACAAUUACACUCUAUAAAUGGGCUCAACUAGCACUUUCUCACUUUUGAACUCAAUUUUUGUAUAUUUUCCCUGUGUUGUUCGAAUAUCCUGCGUUUGGUAUUGAUUCCACUUAUUCGAUACUUUUCAGUUACUAGACGCUUGAUUACUCCGAACUCUGACUCAGAUACUACAGAAGGAUGAUUUGGAGGAUUCUUCCUUGGAUGCUACCUACUCUGGAAAAUCUGGUCCAACAAGAUUUGCAACUCAAAGGUGACAGUCACACGAACUUAUUGCAGAAAACACUGUCAGAAUUCACUAUUUAUCUCCACCUUAAUAUUGAAAGGAGUAGAUAAGCUAUGAGAGUUCAAACUCAAAACUGCUUCCUUUACAUAUCAAUUUUCAAGGCGAUUCAGGCAAAGAUUUCAAGAAUUUAUUCAUAGAUUUCAAUAUUUUCUCUGAGAAGUACAUCUGCUGGACCGCCUCUUUCUAGGCUGCAAUAAUUGAUUGUUUUCAGAGUUUUCUCUGCGACUUUUCCUAAAAUUUGACCGAGAUGUAACAUUCGUCCAAACAUUGUGAAUCGUUGACCCGGGUGUUGAUCAUUCACAGCUCAAAUCCCUAUUAAGAUGACUUGCUAUAUGAGCAUAUUGUGUCCAAAUUUGUAUCGCUUCAUAAAGUGCAAUUUCUUACUUUUUGAGAAACAAUGACAAACCAAUACCCAGUCUUCACUGCAUAUCCAACUUCAAACAGCUUUCGAUAUCCUUGCUCCUCGUCAGUUCAGGGUAGCAGGACAACAAAAGCCAGAACCAGUUUCCCAGGCAUUGUUUCUGUAUCUGCUAGAAUCUAUCAAACCAAUGAUCGAUAAUAUUUUAUGGCUAUACUUUAGGUUCAAUCCAAUUAAUUUUUCAAACUGGUUAACAUUGCAACCAAAACUUUUAUAUUUUAGUUUGAGAUUCUACAAUCUUUAAUCUUUUCUAGUAUGUAAUAUAGAUGUAGAUGUGAUGUUUAAGCCUUAAAACGUCAAUUUUUUAAAGGAUGUUAAUUUUUCCUUAGAGGAAUUUGUAAAUGUUUAUCAGUUGUUGAAAAUAUUAUUUAUUAUGUUGAUUUUAUUCGAGGUAGGAUGGUUUAGUUUUUGUUUCAUGAAUCAAAUCAAAUAUUUAAUGAACCCCAAAAAUAUGUAAAUAUGGUUAAUCAAAUAGAAUAUUACGACUGCUAAAAAUAAUUUUUAAUUAUUGUAUAAAAUUGAACUCGAA